AUGGCCUGCAAGACCCUCCUCGUCGCCCUCGGCGCCGCGAACCUCGCGUCCGCCCACUUCGGCCUCGUCUACCCCUCGUGGCGCGCCGACACCCUCAGCGAGGUCAACGAGGAGAUCUACUCGCAGUGGACGUACCCCUGCGCCGGCGUCCCCUACGGUCAGGGCAACGUCACCGACUGGCCUCUCGACGGCGGCUCCGUCACACUUGACCUGCACCACGACUGGACCUACGUCUUUAUCAACCUCGGCAUGGAGGCCAACGGAAACAUCACGACGUACAACAUCACCCUGACUCCGGAGCUGUGGAACGCCACCGGCUCCGGUACCCUCUGCAUCGAGAAACUCCCCCUCCCCGAGCCCGCCCAGAACGGCCAGCGGGGCAGUCUGCAGGUCGUCACUGUCGGCGACUCGGGCUCGGGCCUGUACAACUGCGCCGACCUCCGGUUCACCUCCAACGCCACCACCCUGUCCUCAGAGCAGUGCAAGACCGAGGGCGUCACGCUACACGCCGUUACAGACCAGACCACCAACGAGACCAGCGGCAGCGGGAACAGCACCGGCAACUCGACCGGCGGCGGCGACGGCACCAGCGGCGCGGCCCGCAGCGGCUCCCACCUCCUCGCUCUUUCCUCCGUCGUUGGUCUUAGCAUGGCCUUCGUCUUUGGGAUGAGCUUGUAA